UGAGUUGCUUCGGGGAGGUUUCUGGCUGACGGCUGUUUGUAUGAGUUCCCCGGAACCCCCCUGCUGGGUCCGGCGUUCCGGCCGGAACAUUGAGCAGGGGGAACCAGGGCCCAAGAUGGCGGCAGCUACACAGGAGAGGGUGUGAGAAAGCUAGGCCCCGGGAUGUUUCUGGUGAAUUACAGCAGCAGCAGCGAGGAAGAGGAGGAGAAGCGGCGUCCGGGCGAAGCAGGUUCCCGGGGCCCAGCAGAGCAGGGAGCUGUCGGCGGGGCUGAAGUGAAAUCCCAACGCUUGCCAGUCCCAGAGAGUGUAAUGGGUAUGUUCAGGGAAUUUGAAGAGGAGCUGGAUGAUAGUGCCAAGCAUGAUGGUCGCAUACGCAGCUUUCCACACCAGCGAGGCAACUGGGCAACACUUGUGUACUUGGAAUAUUACCCUGAAGAGGAGUUUAUCGAACUUAUUGAUUUGCUGCUGACUCAUCUGCAGACUCUCAGGCUGCCAAUGGCUCGCCUUGCAGAGUUUCAUAUCAGUCUGUCACAGACUGUUGUGCUGCGUUAUCAUUGGAUAAACAUCUUUGUGGAAUCUUUAAAGGAAAAACUGAGUUCCUUUGACAGGUUCUACUGCGUUUCAGAUAAAGUGAAGAUCUACAUUAAUCAAGAAAAGACCAGGACUUUCCUUGGCCUAGAGGUUUCAGGUGGCAACAACUACUUACAAGAAGUGGUCAGUGAGGUGGAUAAGUGCAUGAAGGAGUUUGAUCUGAAAACUUAUCAUAAGAGACCUUCCUUUCACAUUAGUGUGGCCUGGUGCUUAGGGGAUGUCACUGCUGAACUUGAAAAACACAAUCAGGAGCUGCAGGUAGGUACUCAAGUACUAGAAUGUGAAACCAUAUCACAUGUCAAAAUUAAAACUUAG